AUGGCGCUGCUGUCCACGCCCACGUUCGUCAACACCGAGUUCCCGAGCGAGCGUCGCCAGGCGCUGCCGAGAGGACACUCGCCGCAGCUGCUGGAGACGCUCAAGAUGACGCACCGACGCAUCUCCAACCUCUGUGACCUGCAUCUCCGUCGCGUGCCUCGCUGGUACUUGCCCGGCUGUGACGUGGACUUUUCCUUCAAGGAGCACGCGAUCGGCCACACGCGCGGGUCCUUCGGGUCCUCGCUUCAACGUGGAGAGGCCUACAGAUACAGCUACACCAGUGAAGGAACGCUGGCCAGCAACGCCACGUCCACAGUCGCCGUCAAAUGCUUGUGGGCGCUGCCCGAUGUGCAUUACCAGAUCGUGGAGCAGCUCUUCGCUCGCAGUGGAGUGUCCAAGUGGAUGCGUGUACGACAUCCCAAUGUUGUCACGGUGCGCGGCGCCUCACACGCUGCCGCGCCGCCGUAUUUGGUGCGGGACUUCACGACUUACGGAGGACUCACUUCGUACCUCGCAGCGCUGGAGACAAGAGCGAAGCAAUGCGCGGGGCCGGAGAGCGUAGGCAAGAUGGAGACUUUGACCUGGCAACUACUCUAUGGAG